AUGUACUCCAAGGUUAUCCCCGCCCUCGUGGCCCUCGGUGCUGGCGUUGUGUCUGCCCAGAGCGCCAACAUUUGCUCUUCGGCUACCGUCACCAUUACCGAUGCCGCCAUGGCCACCAACAUCCCCUGCGGCACCAUUAACGGCGCCGUCAAGAUCGCCGAGGACAUCACCGGCAACAUUGACAUCAACGGCCCCAAGACCAUCAAGGGCGACCUGAUUGUCACCAACGUCACCCAGCUCGUUGGUCUCAGCAGCUCUACCCUCGCCUCCGUCGAGGGUACCUUCCAGUUGCAAGGCCUGACUGUCCUCUCCAACCUGGCGUUCACCUCGCUCACGACUGUCGGCUCCAUCAACUGGGUCACUCUGCCCGCUCUCGGCAACCUUGUCUUCGGUACCGCCGGUGUCACUAAGGUUAACGACAUUCUCAUCAGCGACACCUUCCUCAAGAGCUUGGACGGUCUGAACGUCGCCUCCGUCGACUCCCUCCGCAUCAACAACAACAACCAGCUCGUUUCUUACAGCAACCAGUUGGCCAACGCCACCAAGACCAUUGAGAUCAACUCCAACGGCCCUGAUCUGGGCAUCACUCUCCCUAACCUCGUCUGGGCUGGUGAAAUCAUCAUUGCUGAUGCCGCCAAGGUCCAGAUGGACUCCCUCGCAGUCGUCAACGGUUCCAUCAAGUUCGACAAGAACACCUUCACCGAGUUCAUUGCCCCCAACUUGACCCAGACGACCGACGGUGAUGUCUCCUUCAUCAACAACGUCGAGCUCACCAACCUGUCUUUGCCCCUCCUUACCAAGACCGGAGGUGGUCUCACUAUCCAGAACAACACUCUGCUCGCCAAGAUCGACGGUCUUCCCGAGCUCAAGCAGAUUGGUGGUGCUGUCCUGCUCCGCGGUAACUUCACCGAUGUUGCGCUCCCCGCCCUCGACGAUGUGAAGGGUGCCUUCGACACUCAGUCCACUGGCGAUAUCGACACCUCGUGCGAUGUCUUCAACAAGAUGAAGGGCCGCCAGAUCCAGGGUGACUACAAGUGCCGCUCGAACAACACGAAGGCUAACGAGGAUGGCAAUUCCAGCGGCGGCAACGCUGGUGGCUCCAAGAACGGCAAUGGCGCUGACGGUGCUGCCGGCAUGGUCUCUGUCAACACUGCCAUCCUCGGCGCCGCGCUCCUCUUCGGCUUCGCUCAGCUGUUGUAA